AUGUUUUACAAGCCAUCUGAAGAAGACAUUGAAGACUCCAUUAAAGAAAGCAAAUAUCAAAGGUACAUGGAUGUUAAUGAUGCUGAAAUGCUAGAAAAACUCUUUAAUAUCAAAUUCAUUAAUUUUAUAGAAAGCUGUGAAGCCAUUAAUAACCAAUUUACUCAGCAGUCAACACUUGAUAUCAACAAUAUUGAUUGUUUAUCUCACUUUUUCAUUGAAAUUCAUGACGCCAUUAUAGAAAAUCAAUUUACAUUAAAGACAUUCACUAAAGUACUACUCGACAAUGAGAUAGAUAAAGCAAUUUACUAUAUUUUAUCAACAUCAGCCAAUGUUUCAGAAAUAGAAAGCGCUGUUUUCUUUUUAGCAGUUAUUACAGCAUAUUCAUUAGACAGUUUUGGCCAAUUUAUACCUCAGAAUCGAUACUUUCCUCUGAUAUUUAACAUUUUUUGCAAUACAAAUAUAGUUACUCAAGGAAACUUUAAUCAGAACAUUACUGCGUGUUUACUUAACUUAGUUAAAGAUGAAGAAAGAUAUAAUGAUUCAUUUGGUCCUUUCAAUGAUGAUUUUGAAUCUUCAUUCGAAAAUUUUAACAAAAUGAUUGAAUUUAGAUGUGCAGAAGGAGGUCCUUCAUAUUUAUUUAGAAUAUUUAUACCAAUAUAUAACAAAUUCUUCCAAAAUUUUACUAUAGAACACAUUCAAAUUUUAUAUAAUGUUUAUUUAGAAGAUAGACUAGUAUUUACAUACUCAGCACGAUUGGCAAUCAAAAUAAUUCAAAAUAAUAAGACAGAACCCCAAAUUUUAACAAUUUUAUUUGAUUAUUUUUCAGAUUUUUGGAAUCAACUUCCCAGAUACGAUGAAGAAGCAUGGGAUUGUGGUUUAGAACUUUAUUCACAACUACUUACCUAUCUUCCUAAUGAACUUAAGCUUUCUUUGUUAAAUAAUGUAACAAUUUUUCCUUAUCUCAUUGAAAAAGGCAUCAGAAACAAGUAUUUAGCAUCAAAUAUACUUGAUUUCAUGACGAAUUUGAUUAAUAUGUUCAUUCCUUCCGGUGGAAAUAAUCCAAAUUCACAAGAAAUUUGGGCAUUUCAGUUUAUUUUGACAGCUUUGCAAGGAUCAACUGAUAGAAUAAUAUCUCCUAUUAAUGAUAUGUUCGAGCACCUUUCUGCUGAAGGAAAACUUUCUGCUUUAAACUUUUUCAAUGUAUUUUCAUCAAAAAGUCACGAAGCAGCACAAAACAUUGUUAGAAUUAUUGAUAUAGACAUUCUUACUGAGUUUUUGGAUUCAGGAUCCAAUAAAGAAAUCUCCGUUUCAUUGGAUUUGAUUCUCAGACUGUUAUUCACUGCCAGACAGAUUGGAGAGAGAGCUGCUGUUGAUUUUGUUGAAUAUUUGGAAAUGCAUGAUAUACAUGAAUAUAUGAGAGAUCUCCAAGAAAAUGAUGACGAAAGGAUUCAAUACAUGGCUCAGAGAGUUAUUGAUACUGUGUAUGACAUUGUUGGAGAGGAAGAAGAUGAUGAACAAUAA